AUCAAAACUCUUAUUUGUUUAGGAAUACAUCUCAUUGUUCAUUAUGGUGCACAGGAAUGCAUCUCAUUGUACAUUAUGGUGCACAGGAAUACAUUUCAUUGUACAUUAUGGUGCAUUCGAAUACAUCUCAUUGCACAUUAUGGUGUACAUGAAUACAUUUUAUUGUACAUUAUGGUGCAUAGGAAUACAUCUCAUUGUUCAUUAUGUUGCACAGGAAUACAUCUCAUUGUUCAUUAUGUUGCACAGGAAUGCAUUUCAUUGUACAUUAUGGUGCAUAGGAAUACAUUUCAUUGUACAUUAUGGUGCACAGGAAUACAUUUCAUUGUACAUUAUGGUGCAUUCGAAUACAUCUCAUUGCACAUUAUGGUGUACAUGAAUACAUUUUAUUGUACAUUAUGGUGCAUAGGAAUACAUCUCAUUGUUCAUUAUGUUGCACAGGAAUACAUCUCAUUGUUCAUUAUGUUGCACAGGAAUGCAUUUCAUUGUACAUUAUGGUGCACAGGAAUACAUUUCAUUGUACAUUAUGGUGCACAGGAAUACAUCUCAUUGUUCAUUAUGUUGCACAGGAAUACAUCUCAUUGUUCAUUAUGUUGCACAGGAAUGCAUUUCAUUGUACAUUAUGGUGCAUAGGAAUACAUUUCAUUGUACAUUAUGGUGCACAGGAAUACAUUUCAUUGUACAUUAUGGUGCACAGGAAUACUUCUCAUUGUUCAUUAUGUUGCACAGGAAUGCAGCUCAUUGUACAUUAUGGUGCACAGGAAUGCAGCUCAUUGUACAUUAUGGUGCACAGGAAUGCAUCUCAUUGUACAUUAUGGUGCACAGGAAUAUAUUUCAUUGUACAUUAUGGUGCACGGGAAUACAUUUCAUAGUACAUUAUUGUGCACAUGAAUACAUUUCAUUGUACAUUAUGGUGUACAGGAAAACAUUUCAUUGUACAUUAUUGUGCACAGGAAUACAUUUCAUUGUACAUUAUGGUGCACAAGAAUAUAUUUCAUUGUACAUUAUGGGGCAUAGGAAUACAUAUCAUAUAUUGUACAUUAUUGUGCACAGGAAUACAUUUCAUUGUACAUUAUGGUGCACAAGAAUAUAUUUCAUUGUACAUUAUGGGGUAUAGGAAUACAUAUCAUAUAUUGUACAUUAUUGUGCACAGGAAUACAUCUCAUUGUACAUUAUAUUGCACAGGAAUACAUCUAAUCUUAUGAUUGUACAGUAUUUACUAUGAUUUCUUAUCCAAUGCAGUGCACCUUGCGUGAUCUAUGUAUCUCUGGUACAUGGUUCAUGUACAGUAUGUACAUUGUUUAUGUGAUGAUACAUGGUUCAUGUCUUUCUCUUUGUAGAUGGUCUAUAUGUCCUUGUAUAUGGUCUAUUUAUGCCCAUGUAUAUGUUCUAGGUAUGUCAGUGUGCAUGGUCUUUACCAUGCAAGCCAUGCAUAUCCACAUACAUGGUCCAUGUAUAUCCAUGCACAUGGUUUAUGUGUUCCUGUACUAGUUUAUAUGUCCGUGUAUAUGGUCUAUGUAUGUCCUGUACAUUAUUAAUGUAUGGCCACCCAGGACUGUUAUACACAUAAUAGCUAUUAAGCUUUUGCCCCACUUCCCACAUAGGACCAUUUUUGAUGGGAAACAGUUUUGGGUUGGAGAGAAGGCAAUGCAAAAUUCUCACAGAGGACCAUUUUGAUGGGAAAUAGUUUUUUGGAGGAGAGAAGGCAAUGCAAAAUUCUCACAUCGGACCAUUUUUGAUGGGAAUUAGUUUUUUGGAGGAGAGAAGGCAAUGCAAAAUUCUCACAUAGGACCAUUUUUUGACGGGAAAUAGUUUUUGGAAGGAGAAAAGGCAAUAAUACAAAAUAAGGCUUAUAUGAAAAAUGCUAUCAGGUAUACUUUUCGUGUAUAAUAUUUUAUAUGGUGAAAAUAUUAAUAUUUUCCAUGAUGUAUUUUUCAAUAUUAUUACUGCACAUAAUGUUAUAAAAAAUAUUACCC